AUGAAAAAGGGCAACCCAUCAUUCAUCCCAAUGAACGUGUCAUUUUUGGAUGAAUUAGACUGUAUCCCACGCACAACUGAUGAGGAAAAUGAAGACUUACCCUCUGAUGGCAACCUCAGAAUAACCUGUCAACACAGUAAUUAUUCAGAUGAUUUGAGUGACUGUGCUUGCAUAGAGCAUAUUUCUGAUAUUUUUUUCAAUGUAUCCUCUUCUGAAGAUAACAAGAAUAUAAAAGCAUCAGCAGAUGCUGAAACUCACCCCCAAGCUGAAUCAGCUUUCAACUGCCAUGCACGUGCCCCAGAAACACCUGGAGUUUUGAGCAAAACACCUGUCAGGGAAGCUUGUCUUAGGAGUGAUUUAUGCGUUGGUGGCUUUCGCAGAGCAGGUAGGAAGGAGCACCUCGCCAACUCAAAGAUGUCUGAUGUCCUUUUGCGCCAUUUCUCUAAGGGAGAGUUAAUAACCACAUGCCAGUUAAUUGAAUGUGAGACCAUACCAGAGAUAUCCUUUACUGACAGCAUCGAUGAAGCCAGCAGUAAGCUUGAGACUUCGGAAUUGGCCCAAAGCUCUUUAUCUCAUGGGCAGCCACCAACUAACUUGGAAAAUUAUUGCUUAGAAAAAUGUGAGAAAAUAGAUACUGGUGAGAAAGAUCACACUUUGCUAAAUAAAAAUACACUUGUUUCAGAGAGAGCUAUUUCUGAAACUUCUGAGUGUGGAUGCAUACAAAGAAGUUCACCUCUAAGUAGUAAGAAUGAAGAUACGUUCAUCUUUCAAAACCCUACAAAACAACAGAGAGAUCCAUUUGAGAGAACAGCUUCUUCUCAGUGUGACAAAAGUCAAGUUCAUUAUUACCUACCCCAUUUCUCUGAAGUUGCUAAAGGACCAAAAAGAAACAGCAACAAUAAACCAGUUUCUAUCACUGAAAGGACAAAAGCCUUUCCUAUUUCACCUAAUAAAUCAGUAACUGUGAAUGACAUAGUAGAAAACAAGAACUGCUUUGAUUCUGUUGAAAUAGAGAAUCAAGAAGAAAUGAGUGUUUCAGAGCUGUUGCAACAGCUACAGAUACUUUCUCAGUCAGCUUUUCCAAAUCCAAGUUUUGCCAUGUACUCAGGAGGCACUGAGACAUCCUCUGGAGUCUUUGCAUUAUACCCUCCUAUGCUUGGUUUGUCUGAAGCAGGAUUACAGUGUGGGACAAUGGUAUCAACAUUACCACCAGCUGGUACAGUACAAGCACAUCGCCUGAAGCCUUCCAAUUUACUGCCAGAAUUAACACAAGGGCAAAAAAUGACUCAAAUACUACAGGAACAAACAGAUCAACUGAAAAAGAAAGUAGAAGACUUGUCUCAAUGUAAGAUCCAGGAAACAUUCCUUUUACAAGAUAAACAUCUGGUAUUAAAUCAUUUGAAAAGAUGCCUUGAUGCCCUGGAACAGAAUUAUUUAACAGCUAAAGAGGAGCACUGUAACUUACAACUGCAGAACAACAAGGACACGUCUAUCGAUGUUGGAAAGUUUGAUCCUGACAGAAAGGUGGAAGGAGAAAUAUUUAGACUUGGCAUGCUGCUUGAAGACAUCCACGAAGAGACUGAUGACAGCAAAUGCAGCUCACCUCCUUUGCUUACUCCUUAUGAAUCUGCCUGUUCAUCUUAUUCUCUCUGGGAGGGCUCAGGAAAUUCAAGCAUUAUUGAUCCUCCAGAAAGAAUAGCUGUUGAGACUGCAUUUCUUUACAAGAACAACAAGGAAAAAAAUAUAAGUCAUACAACUGAUGCGAUCCCACAGACAAAUCAUAGAGUUUAUUUAGAAGGAGACAAGCACAAUCCCUACCCAUGUGUUCACAUAUCAAUUUGUUCUGCCUUCUGGAUGCAACAGAGAUUUCUGGAUGCAACCGAGAAAAUACAUGGUGCUGAAGGCCUUGGAUCCUACCCUCUGGGAAAACUAGGCCAAAAAUCUAAGGCUGAUGAAGAAAGCAUGGAAAGGAGUUUAAAUUUUUGGCAAAUUGUAUCUCCAUCCAAAGCUAGAUCUUAUAAUAUAUGCAGUGUAGAACAUGAUAUACAUCUAAAUACGCUGAAGGAAGAAGGUAGUGAUUCAGAAGACAUCUCAGCCUGCAAUUCUUCCAGGGAUUCACAAAGUGAGGAACGUCUGAACCACAAGACUGAAAAUCACAAGAUAUUGAAUACAGGAUUACAUGGAGAGAGAAAAGGUAGUGAUUCAGAAGACAUCUCAGCCUGCAAUUCUUCCAGUGAUUCACAAAGUGAGGAACUUCUGAACCACAAGACUGAAAAUCACAUGAUAUUCAAUACAGGAUUACAUGGAGAGAGAAAAGGAUUUAGACAGAAAUGCACCAGAGGAAGCAGAGAUCAAAGUGGUCAAGCUCUGGAGUCAGAUCCAUGGUCAAGGCCUAGGGCCAAAGUUCGGAGUCAGGUCCAAGGUCAAGGGUUGAAGUCCGGAGUCAAGACCUGGGACAAGGUCCGGAGUCAGGUCGGAAGUCAAGGUCCAGAGUCAAGUUCCAGGUCAAGCCCCGGGGUCAAGGUCCGGAGUCAGUUCCAGGGUCAAGACCCAGAGCCAGAUCCCGAGUCAAGGUCUGGAGUCAGGUCAAGUUCCAGUCCUAGGUCUGGGGUCAAGGCCCAGAGUCUGUUCCGAGUCAAGGUCCGGGGUCAAGUGCCAGUUCUAGGUCCAGGGUCAAGGUCUGGAGUGAGGUCCGGAGUCGGGUCCAGGGUCAAGAUCUGCAGUCAAGAUCUGGAGUCAGGCCUGGGAUCAAAUUGGGGUGCCAUCCUGGGUCGAGCCUAUUCAAAGAAGAUAAUAAGCUGCACUCAAAAAGCUUACAGACAUAAACUACCACAUCACCUUGUAAAGGGACUUUCUGAAAGGAAAAAUAUGGAGACUGUCAAAACCUGCUAUUCAAGCAUGUAUGAUACAGUUAUCCUUUCACCUCACCUACCCAGAAAGACGACUUCUAGAAGAAAAUCAGCAGUCAACAUCCGAAACACAAACAUGAGCAUUUCCGAUACAAACUUCUACUCUAUACCUAUGGAAACACUUGUCUUCAGUAUUAGCACAGCUAUGUUUUAUUAUUCCCAACAGAUUUUAAGUUCUACUCUGGACCAUGCCAUACAGACAGCAAACAGUUUGAAGAGAACUACAGAACGAAUGGUACAAGCAGUUUCAGAAGAUCUAGCUAAAGUUAGAAGCAAACAGCUUUAA